CUGUGGCGCCGAGGGCGGCGGCGGCGGUGGCUCCCGUGGCUCCCGUGGCUGAGGAUGCGGCCGGGGGUCGCGCUGCUCGGCGCGCUGGCCAGCUUGCUGUUGCUCCUGCUGCUGCGUCGGAUGUGGUGGUGCCCGGCCGACGCGCCCGCCCGCUCCAGGUUUGUGGUGGAGCAAAGCAGGGAGGACGCCCGUGGCACCCCCGCCGCGCUGAGCACGCUCCGGAGCCCCGCGACCCGGGCGACCCAGGCGCCCCGCGCCACGAACAGCACAUAUCUAAAUGAGAAGUCACUCCAACUGACAGAGAAGUGCAAAAGUCUGCAGUAUGGCUUCGAGUCUUUAUCUAACAAAACAAAGAGGUAUUCGGAGAGGGAUUACCUUCAGAUGAUCACUAAUAUACAGAGCUGUCCAUGGAGACGACAAGCAGAAGAAUAUGAGAACUUCAGAGCAAAGCUCACUUCCUGUUGUGAUGCUGUCCAAAACUUCGUGGUUUCUCAGAACAACACUCCCGUGGGCACUAACAUGACUUACGAGGUGGAAAGCAAAAAGCAAAUCCCAAUUAGAGAGAACAUUUUCCAUAUGUUUCCAGUGUCACAGCCCUUUGUGGGGUACCCCUAUAAUCACUGUGCCGUGGUUGGAAAUGGGGGGAUUCUGAACAAGUCUCUUUGUGGAGCUGAGAUAGACAAAUCUGACUUCGUUUUUAGGUGUAACUUGCCUCCAACCACAGGAGAUGUUAGUAAAGAUGUGGGCAGCAAAACCAAUCUUGUGACUGUAAAUCCAAGUAUUAUCACAUUGAAAUAUGGGAACUUGAAGGAGAAGAAAGCAGUAUUUUUGGAGGACAUCACCACCUAUGGAGAUGCGUUCCUCCUUCUGCCAGCAUUUUCCUUCCGGGCCAACACUGGUGCCUCCUUUAAAGUGUACUACACGCUCAGGGAAUCUAAAGCAAGGCAAAAGGUUCUCUUUUUCCAUCCCAGGUACCUGAAACACCUUGCUCUUUUCUGGAGAACUAAAGGGGUGACCGCUUAUCGCUUGUCGACCGGCUUGAUGAUCGCAAGCGUGGCAGUGGAACUGUGUGCCAAUGUGAAGCUCUACGGCUUCUGGCCCUUCUCGAAAACUCUAGAAGACACACCUGUCAGCCACCACUACUAUGACAACACAUUACCCAAACGCGGUUUCCAUCAGAUGCCCAAAGAAUACAACCAGAUUCUCCAGCUUCAUGUGAAAGGAAUCCUCAAAUUACAAUUUAGUAAAUGUGAGAUAGCUUAAAAAUUCAUCACAUGAGAAUAAGUUCUUAAUAUCAUGCAGGAAGUUACAGCAAUGCUAAGCGGUAGUUGCAGGAUGUUUUAGGAUAGCACAGCUCCAGAACUUGGGUUGGCCAAAGUUCUUCUACUAAACUUUCCCACCUCCCAAAGUCAUUCCCAAGCUUCCAUUUCUUUUCCCUGCAAAAUGGGAACCAUAGUAUCUAACUCUGGCUAGUGAGGGGUUAUUUGUGAGAACUCUUGGCUUAGUGUUUGGUGUGAGGUGUGAGGUAGGGACCUGAUGAACACUUCCUGUUUAUAACAGUCCUCAUGAGACUGACAAGUAAGGGUAGAAUAUCCUGGACAACUUUUGUGGAACCAACAGCCAAAUCACCCAGUGUUUUCUGGGUUUCUUUCUCUCACAGCCUUCUCUUUAUAAAUCAAAUCCUCCCUAUUUUACUUUCUGUCUUUAAAA